GUGUCUGUCCGCGUGGUUCCUGGCGCUGCCCUGCUGUGGGCGAUGAUGAUGAUGAUGAUGGGCCGGGCAGCCGCGGGCGCAGGAAGGAGGCGGCGGACCCCCCCGCUGGGCCUGGCGCUCUUCCUGGGCGCCCUUUGGGGAGCGGCAACGCCAGGCGCCCGGGCGCAGCCCUACCACGGCGAGAAAGGGAUCUCGGUGCCGGACCACGGCUUCUGCCAGCCCAUCUCCAUCCCGCUCUGCACCGACAUCGCCUACAACCAGACCAUCCUGCCCAACCUGCUGGGCCACACCAACCAGGAGGACGCCGGGCUGGAAGUGCACCAGUUCUACCCGCUGGUCAAAGUCCAGUGCUCGCCGGAGCUCCGCUUCUUCCUCUGCUCCAUGUACGCGCCCGUCUGCACCGUCCUGGAGCAGGCCAUCCCGCCCUGCCGCUCCCUCUGCGAGCGCGCCCGGCAAGGCUGCGAGGCGCUCAUGAACAAGUUCGGCUUCCAGUGGCCCGACACGCUGCGCUGCGAGAAGUUCCCCGUGCACGGCGCCGGCGAGCUCUGCGUGGGCCAGAACCUCUCCGAGCGCGGCACGCCCACCCCCUCGCUGGGGCCCGAGUUCUGGACCAGCCACCCCCAGCUGCUGCGGCCCGGAGGAGGAGGCGGUGGGGCCCCUACUUGCCCGGGCCCCCUUUCUACCCCCUGCCCCCGACCAGCUACCUUCUCCUGCCCCCGCCAGCUCAAGGUGCCCCCUUACCUGGGCUACCGCUUCCUGGGCGAGCGGGACUGCGGGGCCCCUUGUGAGCCCGACAUGCCCAAUGGGCUGAUGUACUUUAAGCAGGCCGAGGUGCGCUUUGCCCGCCUGCUGGUGGGCAUCUGGUCCGUGCUGUGCUGCGCCUCCACCCUCUUUACGGUCCUGACCUACCUGGUGGACAUGAGGCGCUUCAGCUACCCAGAGCGGCCCAUCAUCUUCCUCUCCGGCUGCUACUUCAUGGUAGCCGUUGCCUACGUGGCCGGCUUCCUGCUGGAGGACAAAGUGGUCUGCGUGGAGCGCUUCUCCGAGGACGGCUACCGCACGGUGGUGCAGGGCACCAAGAAGGAAGGCUGCACCAUCCUCUUCAUGAUCCUCUACUUCUUCGGCAUGGCCAGCUCCAUCUGGUGGGUCAUCCUCUCGCUCACCUGGUUCCUGGCGGCCGGCAUGAAGUGGGGCCAUGAAGCCAUCGAGGCCAACUCCCAGUACUUCCACCUGGCCGCCUGGGCCGUGCCAGCCAUCAAGACCAUCACUAUCCUGGCCAUGGGGCAGGUGGAUGGGGACGUGCUCAGUGGCGUCUGCUACGUGGGCAUCUACAGCGUGGAGGCCCUGCGGGGCUUCGUCCUGGCCCCACUCUUCGUCUACCUCUUCAUCGGCACCUCCUUCUUGCUGGCUGGCUUCGUCUCCCUCUUCCGCAUCCGGACCAUCAUGAAGCAUGACGGCACCAAGACGGAGAAGCUGGAGAAGCUCAUGGUGAGGAUCGGAGUCUUCAGCGUCCUCUACACCGUGCCGGCCACCAUCGUGCUGGCCUGCUACUUCUACGAGCAGGCUUUCCGGGACGCGUGGGAGAAAACCUGGCUCCUGCAGAGCUGCAAGAGCUAUGCCAUCCCUUGCCCUGCCAACUUUGCCCCCAUGAGCCCCGACUUCACAGUCUUCCUCAUCAAGUACCUCAUGACCAUGAUUGUGGGCAUCACCACGGGCUUCUGGAUCUGGACUGGCAAGACCCUCCAGUCUUGGCGGCGCUUUUACCACAGACUCAGCACGGGCAGCAAAGGCGAGACGGCAGUAUGAGGCUUGGGCUCACCCCCCACUGACCUGUGUUUCCCCCACAAGGCUUGCUCUUUAUCUUCUUGUGGAGAAGACAUGAUUUGAAGGAAAGAGGGGAGGGUGCAGGAGGUGCUGUUAGUGGCCUUUUCUCCUUGUCAAGAAAUGAGACCUGUUACAAGGCCGGGGAAAUUCCAGCUCGGGGGUUUUCUUGCUAGCCAAGUUGGAGCGCGCAGAAUAAGUGUCCUUUCGGCUGCUCUGCGAGACAGAAACAAACCAUUUCUGUCUCGGGGAGAAUGUCUUUUCUUUCCUCUCCCCUUUAUUGUUAUUAUUGGGUGGUGUAUUUUUUUAAAAUUAAGGACUGCAGUAUCCAUUCAAACGAUAAGCUGGACUUGUGCCAGGGUUGGAAGAUUAUGAGAGACACCUGAGAGGAAAAGGGCAGGAGAAAGCAUUAAAAAAAACACAAGGUCACAUUUGUGUAUUUCAGAAGUGUCAGAAGGAUAGGCCAUUCCCUCCUUUAAUAAUAAUAAACAUCUGCCAUCAAGUCACUUCUGAC